ACUAUUUAUGUAGAUGACCAGAGAAUUCUGCUAUACAGAUUUAAAUAUUUUCAAGCAAAUUUCAACGUGUCUGAAUGACUGAGCUAUCAGCAUCUUUAACUCAGGUCCAGCAAGGACAAGUGCAAGAAGACUUCAUUGAAAGCCACACUGCCAACAUGAAUGAUAACCAGGAAAGGAGAAAUCAUGAACGCACUGAAUCUCAGAGCAAUGGACAGACGCAAAGCAGCUCACAACAAGUGCUGGAACAGGAUGAUGAUGAAGAUGAGGAGCUUACCUUAAAAUAUGGUGCCAAGCAUGUCAUCAUGCUGUUUGUACCAGUUACCCUCUGCAUGGUUGUGGUUGUGGCAACAAUUAAGUCUGUCAGCUUUUACACUCGAAAAGAUGGACAGUUAAUUUACACUCCAUUUACAGAAGAUACAGAAACGGUGGGACAGAGGGCUCUGAACUCCAUUCUAAACACUGCAAUAAUGAUCAGUGUAAUCAUUGUCAUGACUAUUCUCCUAGUGGUACUCUACAAGUAUAGAUGUUAUAAGGUCAUACAUGGCUGGCUCAUCAUUUCCUCGCUGUUGCUACUGUUUUUCUUCUCAUUUAUCUACUUGGGUGAAGUGUUCAAGACAUACAAUGUUGCCAUGGAUUACAUUACUCUGGCCUUGAUGAUCUGGAAUUUUGGAGUGGUUGGCAUGAUCUGCAUUCACUGGAAAGGACCCCUUCUUCUACAGCAGGCCUAUCUCAUUAUGAUCAGUGCGCUCAUGGCUUUAGUGUUCAUUAAAUAUCUUCCAGAAUGGACAGCCUGGCUCAUCCUGGCUGUAAUAUCUGUUUAUGAUCUCAUAGCUGUUUUGUGUCCGAAGGGGCCUCUCCGCAUGCUCGUGGAAACUGCGCAAGAGAGAAAUGAAACACUCUUCCCAGCCUUAAUUUAUUCUUCUACAAUGAUCUGGCUAGUGAAGAUGGCAGAUGGUGAUCCUGGAUUCACACAGAGUGCCUCAAAGAAGCCCGCAUACAACACGCAAGUGCCUGUUGUCCAGGAAGGCAGUGAUGAAGCUACAGCUGAUGAUAAUGGGGGCUUUGAUUCUCAAUGGGAGGAGCAAAUGGAUGAAAGAGUUGGACGAAUUAGUUCCACUGCAGAAUCUCGAGCAGCUGUUCAAGCUCUUCCAAGUAAUGCACCUCCAAGUGAAGAUCCUGAAGAGCGUGGAGUAAAACUGGGACUAGGAGACUUUAUAUUCUACAGUGUCCUUGUUGGAAAGGCAUCAGCCACAGCUAGUGGAGACUGGAACACAACACUAGCUUGCUUUGUUGCCAUUUUGAUUGGUCUGUGCCUUACUCUUUUACUCCUUGCCAUUUUCAAGAAGGCUUUACCUGCUCUGCCCAUCUCAAUAACAUUUGGACUUGUAUUUUACUUUGCCACAGACAAUUUAGUACAGCCUUUCAUGGACCAAUUGGCAUUCCACCAGUUUUAUAUUUAACCUCCGGACACUUUGAUUUCCUGGGACUUAUGUUUUCCCCUCAAAAUGACUGCAUAUGAACACCUAACAGAAAAGAGCAUCUAUUUCUAGAUUUUGAUUCCUGAAAUCCAAGGGAUUGAGUUGAUUGCCCUCUUGCUAGUGAUGAGCAGGUAGUAUAUCAUGGCAAAGCACCUUCAUGUUUUUGUUUUGUUCCGACAUCAAGAAAGAGUCCCGGUAAGCUGACGUGUUCAUUGUGGUAGCAUUUUUGCACCUGCAUUGUGUCAUUGAAAAGUACACAUGGUGUGAAAAGUGACUUCAACCAACAUCUUCACCUACUGAAUGUGGGACCUCCUGAAAACCCUUUAACAUGGCUUGGCAGCAGCUGGGUGAAAAUGAAGACUUUUCAAGGGAGGAUAUUCAUAAGGUACACAGAUCAUUACAGAGAAGUCUAACUUGUUUCUGCCCUCAAGAACAAAUUUCAGGGGGAAUUAUUAUAAUUUUUUUGUUUUUUACACUAAUAUUCCCACUAUGCUGGGAGUGAAUAACACUGUACUAUAAAGCAAUAUACUGUGCAGCGAACAUGAUCUUCCAAUAAUAAACACUGUUGGAGUCUGUUAGUA